AUGGGUCAAGAAACAGAACAUCAGGAAACCAGUAAAGAUGAAAAACUCAUUGGGCAUUUUGGCUUCAAUAAAGUAAAGAAAGGAUUAGUCUUCUCGAUCCUCCUGACUGUUGUGGUUGUCUUAGUGGCUGCUCUGGGAGUCACAGCUUCAGAUCCAUGUGCAGUUUCUGAGGAGAUUGUCAUUUACACCUCAUGCCCCAAUGGAUGGAUUGGAUUUCUGGGGAAAUGCUACUACUUCUCUGAAGAAGAAGCAGACUGGCUUUCUAGCCUCAGAAACUGCUCCUCACUUGGGGCCUCCCUGUCGUUCAUCGAAACAGAGCUGGAAAUGGGUUUCCUGCUGCGUUAUAAGGGACCCGUUUAUCACUGGAUCGGCCUUAGGAAAGACCAAGGGAAGCCUUGGAAAUGGGCAAAUGGGAGUGUCUUCAACAACACACUGUUUGACCUUGUCGAAGGAGGAGACUGUGCUUACCUGAAUGACGUGAAGAUCAUGUCCUCAUGGUGCAAGACCAAGAAGAAUUGGAUCUGCAGCAAGCCAGAUACUGACAUGCAAUGAAAAACGCAGGCAAAAAGAAAAAAGAGAGAUGUAAAGCAGGGUUGUAUGAAUGAUGGUGUUAAGUAA